GGAAAGACGAGAACGACCGGCCCUCGGUGACAGUACCCAUCCAUUUCCUCUUAAGCUGGAAAAGCUCUAGCAAGUUUUGUAUCGUGGGAAAUUCGUUCAAACCAGAAAAGCCAACACCCAACUGUUCUAACCGAGCUCGCCGCCAAUUAUAGUUGAUAUUCACGCCGGAAAACAAGAGAGAGAAAGUAUCUUGGAAAGUAAAGGACGCGAUUUUUCCACUCCCAAUCCGGUUAAAACCCUGACGUUGCAGCGCAUUGGCCCUUUGGCAGGUCGUCAGGACAUCCAUAUCCGGCGUCGCCAACCCGUGUAGGUGGUAGCUUCAUGUCGCAUCGACAAGGGGGAAGUGCCUGAUCCAAUUGUCCUGCUUAAUGACCAUGUUACGUCAAGCAACAAAAGUGGGGCUUCCAUUUAUGAAUCUUGUCCGAUUCAAAGGAUUACCCAUAUUGGAGCAACUUCAUUUGGAGGAAAAGCUGCUCCGUACCUCUUCAGAUAAUUGGUGUAUUGUUAAUGAUGGAACAAAUGCCCCUGCUAUAGUCAUGGGAAUCUCCGGGAAGCCUUCUGAACUUAUUGAGAUUGGACCUGUGUUGCGAGAUCAUGUUCCUGUCAUCAAAAGGUUUAGUGGGGGUGGCACUGUUAUUGUUGAUAGCGGGACUAUUUUUGUCACUCUCAUAUGCAACAAGGAUGUUGUUCCGGGAGUGCAACCAUAUCCUCGUUCAAUCAUGUCUUGGAGUGGUCUGUUGUACAGUGAAGUGUUUCAAGGGAUUGAUGGUUUCCAACUGCGUGAGAAUGAUUACGUGUUUGGUGAUCACAAAUUUGGUGGAAAUGCUCAAUCUAUAAUCAAAAGUCGAUGGAUACACCACACCUCCUUUUUAUGGGAUUAUGACAGUAGGAACAUGGCAUACUUGAAGCUGCCUGCUCGGGCUCCUAAGUACAGAUCUGCAAGAAACCACGCUGAAUUUGUCUGUCGAAUGAAGGAAUAUAUGCCAAGAUCAAUUUUCAUAGAGAGAACCAUGAAGGCUCUUGAAUCCCAUUUCUCAGUGAAACCGGUAAACUUGGAUGCAGUUGUUGGAUCUCACUCAUCAGGAUAUGUUCACUCCACCAGGCUUCUCUCAAAGCAUGAACUCAAGGAUGCUGUGACGACUUUGCUAGAGAGCAGAGCUCUCAGUGGUUAAAUCUUUUGCGCCGAAACAAAAUUUCAUUUGCUGGGAACUGGAGAAGGGCCAUACACUGGAUAUAUGCCAAUUGUUAGUUGAGCCCAUUUAAAUUUUGUUUGGACCCAUUAAUUUUUUACUCCAUUAUUUUUGCAUUUGAGCAUAAUUCCUGCUCUUAUUACACCGAAUUUGAAUCUCAUGGUCACUGAAAACUCAAUGCAAAGCAUUUCAAUGGGACAAUUUUCUCUGAUUGUGAAAGAAA